AUGAAGCCUUCGUACUCGAGGUACGAGCUUGUGUCAGAGCUUACAUCCGACUAUGACUUCCUAACGCAGCUUUACCUGCCCCCAGAGGUCAUCCAAUACCCCCACAAGGGAGGCUGUAAGCAUUUAACGCCUGAGUUUGUUAACUCCUUGUGCCUUGGUAAGGACGACACUGUGGCAGGCCUGAUGAAGCACAUCCCCUACAUCCGCCGCACUAAGGAGGAUGACUGGAAUCCAUGGAUGGUCUACGAGAGCGCUACUGCUGUCGACAUUACAGGUGACCUCGUCCUAAGCCUGCCUACUAAGUACGCCGACGAGUUCCUCUUUGAGCCUGAGGAGGGCAACAUCUCAGACAUACCGCCGCACCAAGCACCAGAUGAGGAAGCCUGGCGCAGGUGUGAGAUCUACACGUUUUACGAGUUCUUCUCUAUGGCCAAGGAAAAAUUUAGGAAGUUUGAGAUGACUGCCUUGAAUAGAGAACAUGUACACUGUACCAGCCCAGAUACGCCCCAGGCGCAGAUUUACCGAGAAGAGGGCGUUUUCACGGAACAGUACAACAGGGAGAGGUGCAUGGACAGGCUGGAUGAAUACCAGGAGCAGAAGGAUCGAAAGAUUCGGCAGGCUCGAGAAGAGGAAGAGCUACCAAUGCCUCCGCCGUAA